GCCGUUUUGUCAGUGUGGGGAACUCUAAACUUACUCCAAAAUACUGACUGUACGUUAAGGUUUUUCAGCGGCGGAGUCAUAAUGGAAAAAAGGCAGACAGAUGCAGAGAAAUAAAACGCGAGCUGGGAACAGUUUGACUCUACAGAUCUGUGACAAGGAGACGCCGUGAGAAUAUAUUCCUAAUCUCACACGCCGCUGCAAAACGAUGUAAAGCAGACGAGGAGACAUGACUGACUUUGACGGCGCUUAAGUAGACGUGAACAUUAGAUAAAUCCCAUUUAAGCCGCCAUCAAUUUGCGUGAACUUUCAUUGUACGUCGGGAUGGGAGCCACGCUGGUCGUUCACACUUUGGGUUUUCUCUUUUGCGGCACCUUGCUGAGUUUCGUCUAUGGUCUGGUUGAUGCUGAUGAUGUCCUCACAAAGGAAGAACAAAUCUAUCUGCUCUUCAGUGCAAAGCGGAAAUGUGAGCGAAUGAUCAAGUCCAAACAUAAAGUUGGUGAGGAUUACUGCCUGCCGGAGUGGGACGGCAUUGUGUGCUGGCCCGAGGGAGCUCCUGGAAGGACGGUGACUACUGCCUGCCCAGAGUACAUAUAUGACUUCAACCACAAAGGACAUGCCUACCGUCGCUGUGAUAACAAUGGGACCUGGGAACUGGCUUCAAGUAACAACAAAACCUGGGCUAAUUACAGCGAGUGUGCCAAAUUCCUCACUCAUUAUAACCAGAAUCAAGAGAGGGAGGUUUUCGACCGACUUUACCUGAUCUACACGGUGGGCUACUCCAUAUCUCUGGGAUCACUUAUGGUGGCGACAGUCAUCCUGGGAUACUUUCGGCGGUUACACUGUACCAGGAACUACAUCCACAUGCAUCUGUUUGUUUCGUUCAUGAUGAGGGCCAUCAGCAUCUUUGUGAAAGAUGUGGUGUUGUACUCGGGUGCUGUGGUAGAGGAAAUGGAACGCAUCUCUGUGGAGGAUCUGAAGUCCAUCACUGAAGCCCCACCUGCCAACAAAACCCAGUUUAUUGGCUGUAAGGUGGCGGUGACCCUUUUCUUGUACUUCCUUGCGACUAAUUAUUACUGGAUUCUCGUGGAGGGCCUCUACCUGCACAGCCUAAUCUUCAUGACCUUCUUCUCAGACAGGAAGUACCUCUGGGGCUUUACACUGAUUGGCUGGGGUGUUCCUGCAAUAUUUGUGACUGUCUGGGCCAGUGUGAGAGCCACUGUUGCUGACACUGAGUGCUGGGAUUUAAGUGCAGGAAACCUGAAGUGGAUUGUGCAGAUCCCCAUUCUGACAGCAAUCGUUGUAAAUUUUUUGUUGUUCCUGAAUAUAAUUCGAGUUUUGGCAACAAAACUUAGAGAAACAAAUGCAGGGCGAUGUGACACAAGACAACAGUACAGAAAGCUGUUAAAAUCAACCCUGGUCCUCAUGCCAUUGUUUGGCGUUCACUACAUAGUGUUCAUGGCAAUGCCCUAUACAGAAGUUUCUGGGGUACCGUGGCAAAUCCAGAUGCAUUAUGAAAUGCUCUUUAACUCAUUCCAGGGAUUCUUUGUUGCAAUUAUAUAUUGCUUCUGCAAUGGAGAGGUCCAGGCUGAAAUCAAGAAGUCAUGGAGUAGGAGGACACUUGCUUUGGACUUCAAGAGGAAAGCCCGUAGUGGCAGUAACACCUACAGUUAUGGACCCAUGGUGUCCCACACGAGCAUCACAAACGUGACCGCACGGGGCCCUUUGGCCCUGCACCUCACCACUCGCCUGGGGCCCGUCACCAUCAACGGACACCGGAACCUUCCGGGCUACGUGAAGAAUGGCUCCGUCUCCGAGAACUCCAUCCCAUCUUCGGGUCAGGAGCUUCAUAUACAGGAGGAACCUUCAAAGAACUUUCAAGAAGAAAAAAACACACCAGUGGUGGAGGAGGAGCGAGAAACAGUCAUGUGACUUUCAAAACCUAAACAAAGAUGAUAAACGUUUUACAUGAUUUAGAAAAUGUUAAAGGAUGAGAGAUUCCUUUCUUCCUCAGGAUUUCCUUACCAUUUGGAUUGUGGAACCUUCUCAGAUGAGUUGAGCUACAGUUGAGCAACAGUGACCAAUCCAAUUGAGCUGUUGGAUCAGUGUCUUUUAAAUGAGCCACAAUGUUCUUACGAGUCUGGGCGAUACUAUGGGUAUCAGGACCUCUUCACCAACAGUACUUGAACAAGAAUUUGUGGUGAAUAUCUUAAGAUUUUGCAAAUGUGUUCCUGCAUUGUGAAAGAACAAAUCGGUGCUUUCUGGUUCUCAUGACACCUCCAUCAGAAGAAGAAAUGUUGAGUUUGCUCCAGGGUCAAGCCAUAAAAAUGAUAUGGCACUAUGGACCGUGAAUUGUAAAUAAGAAACUCAUAAUAUUUUAAAUACAUUUUAAUAACAAAGAAUUGUUUUUGAUCAGCACUAAUAAACUUUUUUUUUUACAUUGCAAAUAGUCCAAACAGAUAGCAUCUCAUAAAACUCCCAGUAGGGGUGCUAUUAUGGUAGCAGGUUCUUAUUAGUAGAAUGUUAUAUUUCUAUGUUUCUAGACCUUGAGCGAUUGAAUAUGUUUAUCCACAGGUUUGUUAGGUGGAUUUGCCAAAUCUUGCCAAGCUAUUCUUUAUGUAAGCCAGAUCCUGCCAUGAAAUUAAAAUUAAAAUAACAAAGUUGAUUCUGACUUUUUCUCACAAUUUUGGCUUUAUUUCUCACAUUUGCGAUUGUAAUACUCGCAUUAUCGUGUUUAUUUAUUGCAAUUGCAAUUUUUUUUCAUGUAAUUAUAAGAUAAAAUGUCAAAUUGUGAGAUAAAAUGUACAAAAUAUAAUGUUGUGACCAUAUUUCACGAUUUCAAAAUUGCAAGAUGUGCGUGAAAUAUAAUGUUUCGACUAUAUACUUCACAAUUUCGUAAUUGCGAAAUAUAAAGUCAUAAUUGCAAGAAAUUUAGUUGAAAUUACAAGAUAUAGUCGCAAGUUGAAAUUAUGAGCUAGUAAGUCAAAACUGCAAGAUAUAAUGUGUAAGAUUAAUGUUUACUAUAUUUAACGGUUUCAAAAUUGCAAAAUAUAAAGUUGCAAUUAUGAGAAAUAAAGUCAAUACUGCAAGACAUAAUGUGCGAGAUACAAUGUUGCAACUUAAUAUUUUGCAAUUUUUAAACUGCAGAAAAUAAAGUCGCAGUUGGAAGAUAUAAAGUCAUAAAUGCGAGAUAUAAUGUUAGAAUUGCAAGAUAUAAAUUCACAAUCAUGAGACGUAAAGUUACAAUUAUGAGAAAUGAAGUUGAAAAUGAAAGAUAUGUGUGAGAUUCUUUGUUUCAACUUUAUACUUUGCAAUUUUAUUGCAAAAUAUAAAGUCGCAAUUACAAGAAAUAAAGUUGAAAAUGCAAGAUAUGAAGUUGCAAGAUAUAAUGUUACAACUUAAUAUUUUGCAAUUUCGAAACCGCACAAAAUGAAUUCUCAAUUGCGAAAUCUAGUCAAAUUUUCAAAAUAUAAAGUUGCAAUUGUGAGAAAUAAAGUUGAAUUUCAUAUAUGAUAUAAUUUCCGAGAUAUAAUGCUGCGACUUUACAUUUUGCAAUUUCAAAACAAAUCUUAAGUCAGAAUUAAGACGAGACGUGUUGCAAUUGCGAGAUAUAAAGUAAAAAAAUGCAAUAUAUAAAAUUGAAAUUGCAAGAUAUAGUAGAAAUUAAAUUUAUAUAAAGAUAAAAUUGUGAGAUUUAAAGUCGCAAUUGCGAGAAAUAAAGUUGAAAUUAUGAGCUAUAAAUUUGAAAUUGUAUAAUUUAAAUUUGAAAUUGCAAGAUAUAAUGUUGCAACUUGAUAUUUUGCAAUUUAGAAAUUGCAAAAUAGAAAGUCACAGUUGCGAGAAAUAAAGUAGAAAUUGCAAAAUGUAAAGUUGAAAUAAUGAGAAAUAAAGUUGAAAUUCCAAGCUAUAAAGUUGAAAUUGCAUAAUGUAAAGUCACAAUUGCGAGAUCCGAAAUUGCAAGUUAUAAGUUAUAUAUAUUUAUAUCUAUUCCAAGAUAUAAAGUUGCAAUUCUGAUAUUCAUUGAAAUAUAAUGUGUGAGAUAAUAUUUCGCAAUUUCGAAAUUGCUAAAUAUAAAGUUGCAAUUACGUGAAAUAACGUCAAAAUUCUGAGCUAUAAAGUUGAAAUUGUAACAUUACAAUUUUUGAAAUCACAAGAUAUGAAGUCAGAAUUCCCUUUUUUAUUGUUUCCUUCUGUGGCGAGAUCAAGACACAUAGUUGUCUUCAUGAGUCUGGCAGUGAAAACAAAAAUGCUCACGCUAAUGUCAUUCCAAACCCCUAGGAUUUUCUUUCUAUUUUGGAACUCAAAAGAUUUCAGGCAGAAUGUUUACAGCUCUUUACCAGUGGGGGCAGAUGCUGUUGAGCGAAUAUCAAGGGUAUAUUUCAUUAUAUUACUCACACAAAGCUAUUGGAAGACAUGGAAGAUGGCACACCACUCUUAUGGAGUAUGUUUAGGGGAAAGAUUCCUUAACAUCUGCUUGCAUUAUUGCCAAUGUUCAGUUGGUGGGGAAAUGUCCAAGCAUUUUAUUAUGAUUGGCAUUAUGAGAGAAACUGAGUUAUAAUGUUAUUGUUCAUUUUUUCAGGGUCAUUUUCAAGCUGCCUUAAUAAUUGCAGCCAUUGGAGAGAAUUUAUCCUAUAAAACUUCAUAAUAACAUGAAUUAAUAACAUUUACAGGAUUAUUACAUUAAAACAAUGCUUGACAGAUCAUUUAUGUACAAACAUACAUUUAGAAAUGUCAUUCAACUUUUAUUUACUGUAUAUAUUUUUAUAAAUCUAAUUGAAUGUGCAGCUAAAACUGAUCUGUUAAGCAUUAUAGAAUGUUUAUUAAGGACUUAUUCAUAACAAUUAACAAAGUGUUAUAUUUUAUUCAAUGGCAGCAUCUUGUGUAACUGUUAUGUGUGUUUUCUUCUGUUAUAUUUGUCUGUGUUUUAGACUGGAUAUCUAGACACAUGUUAGACUUAGAAAAAAUAUUAGAAAUCCACCUAGAAAUGCAUGAAUGAAUUAUCCACAACAUUGUGAUCUGUACUAAGAGUUUUCAGGGAAUUAUUUGCUCACUAUUAUAACCUCAUUAGAGCUGAUUAUUGAGACCAUCCCCAUUAUCGUAUAAUGAAUGAUUCUUUAUGCACAUCAAGAUUUCAUCCUGAAAAACCAUUUAUUAUAUGUUCUAUCAUUUCUUUGAUGUCAUGCCUCACUUCACUGCCUCUUAAAUUACAUCAUAAUGUAUAUCAUGCAUGUUAUGAGAAGCUAAAAAUCGUCUAAUGUCAAAUCACAUUAAUGUGAUUUCUGCAGCCAGCUAAGCUCAAAUAGAAAGAUAAUGGAUUUUUCCAGCAUUAUUACUGUUGAAUUCUUGCCCAUUAUUUAUUGGUAUUUUACUGGAGUCAGUAUUGUAUGUUUGGAGGCUCAUGCAUUGUUAAGGAUGAUGUAAUGUUCUGCUGCUUUUUGUUACUGCAUGUAUUUACAUUAAUAUUGUGGAUGUAUAAAUAGAUCUCAUUGUUUACAAAAACAGAUGUCCAUCCAGUGAUGAGCUAAAUGAACAUGUUUGGCUGGAAAUAUUCUGUAAUAACUAUGAAAGGACAAUAAUCAGGGUUCAAAAAUCCUUGUAAGACUUAAUUGAUAUCUUAAUAACACAUAUUGGUUUCCAAAAAUGAGCACUUUAAAUUUAGAGGGGUGUUUUUUUGGUAUCCCUUAUAUUCAAACAUUCACUCCUGAUGAAAAUAUAAAAAAAGCAAUUUAUCUUUUUUUCUAUAUAACACAACUUUAAACUUGAGUGUGAGGGCAGAUGAUGCAAGUAGUCAGUACUUUUGUUUUUCUAAAAAAACUUUUCACAUUAUUUUAGCUUCUUUUUAUUAUUAUUAUUAUUUUUAUUUUUUAUUUUUUAAGUAGUCUAUUUUUGCACUUUACUGUAUGUGCCUUGACAAGAUACUUGUUCUGUCUCUUGGUUUCCAUAUUAGUGGUUCCUUUAAAAAGUGUUUUUUUAUGUUUUUUGUUUUUUUAAAUGAAAGAAUAAUGUAUACAUAAUUCAGUAUUGAGGAGUUGGAAAAAAUAGUGAAAAAUGUAUCUUGUUUGACUAAUAGUCAAGCUUCACUUAAAUCCUGUGCAUUUUUUAAAGGGGUCGUAUCAUGCAAUGUCCCUAUUAACACCAUUUUCUAUUAUUCCCACAUGUCACCCAUUGAUUCAUUCAUUGUUAUUUAAAUCCUCAUUAAAAAGAUGAUUUUAUUUGCUUGAAAUAUUUUAAGAAUAUCAUUUGUACAUGCUUUUUGUUGUUUAUAUGUUACAUAAAUUUUGUAAAAACAUCAGUAAUGUAUUAUUUAGUGCUGAUCACGUGUAUUGUGAAUA